AUGAAAACUGUGGGUGAUACCCUUGGUUUACCCAAGUCAAGUGUAUCAAGAAGUGUGCGCGAUGUUUCGCAGGCCUUGGCUGAUGUUUCUCUCAAGUUCAUCAAGUGGCCCUCUACCACCAGGGAAAAGAUGGCCAUCAAGAAGGGGUUCUAUGAUAUUGCUGGAUUUCCCGCUGUAAUUGGCGCGGUUGAUGGCACUCAUGUCAGAAUUAUUGCCCCAUCUGAGCAUGAAUCAGUUUAUGUAAACCGCAAAGGAUUCCAUUCAAUCAACACCCAGGCCAUCUGUGAUCAUGAAGGCCGUUUCACCAACAUAGUUGCCAAGUGGCCAGGGUCAAACCAUGAUUCUUUCAUUUUCCGAGGAUCCAAUGUUGGAACCGACCUUGAGGUUGAUGUUGAUGGUGUUUUACGGUUAUUUAGUGAACAAUAUCGUGGAGUGGAUUACAUUCAGGACCGCAAUAUGAAAUCAUUUCAAUGA